AUGGAUACACAAUUAUUUAGACAAGUAUUUAAUAAUAGAUAUCUAUUCAGAUUAAUAGUGUCAGAGGUUCAGAAAGGUGGACUUGAAAAGGAUGACAAACCAUUCAUGUACUCUGCCUACUUGUACAAUUAUCGCAAACGAUAUGUAUACCUCAAACACGAUGAAAUCAAGGAUAUCGGGAGAAUGCUUGCAAAUAAUGGUCUUACCGGACUACUCCGGUACCAAUUAAAACGAGCGCUACAAGAACAACAAGAACACAUACGCAAAUAUGGAGGAGAUAUUGCUCAACCAAAAAGACUCACCUUUAAACCAAAUGAUCUAUUUUACAUUCAAUUGUUUAAACUAGAUGAUGAACAGUUUCAAAACUCUAUCAUUGACUAUGUAGGCUUGGAUAAGAUAUUCAGUCAAGAUACAUCAUUUCCAAUAUUAGUUGCAGUAUUACCAGAAACUCAUAAUAUUGCAAAAAGAUAUAUAAAUUAUCUAUCAUCACUUCCUCCUCCUCCUCGAUCGUCACGUAACACCAUUAAUACUAAAUGUGUUCAUAGUAUUGGACCACAAGAAGAAAAUUUGACAGAUCCUAAAUUUAGUAGAUUUCAAAGUAAGAUAUCUUCUAUUAUUAGAGAUGCUGCUAGAUUUAAUCAUUUCGAUAUCAUUUUUGGAUUGUUGGAUCGAUACAUUAAAUAUUUCCGAUUGGAUGAAAAUAUGUCUCAUGCAUGCUUGGAAUACAUUGUCAGAGGUGGUGGCAAGCCCGAUCUGAUUGACAAGUGGAUAACAGACACUAAUCGUCCUUUAUCCAAUUUUGAAAGAGUGUAUAUGCUUAAAAUGACUGCUCACAUUGGAGCAAUUGAAGCGGCAACCUACUUUUUAGAUAAAUGUCCAACCACCUCUCUACCACAACACUAUAUCGACCUCUUUACAGCAACCUUGAUAGAAUCAAUGAAAUCUCUUCAAUCAGAUUAUCAAAUGUACAUUUUAGAUUAUAUCUUUAAAAAUCAUCCAUCUAUAUUACCAACCAUUACAACUAUUCCUGGUUUAUUUAGUCAUUCAAAUGAAUAG